CACCAUGCCAGUGAAGAAGUACCUGCUGAAGUGCCUGCACCGGUUGCAGAAGGGCCCAGGCUACACCUAUAAGGAGCUGCUUGUGUGGUAUUGCAACAACACCAACACGCACGGCCCCAAACGCAUCAUCUGCGAGGGGCCCAAAAAGAAGGCCAUGUGGUUCCUGCUCACAUUGCUCUUCGCCUGCCUGGUAUGCUGGCAAUGGGGCGUCUUCAUCCAGACCUACCUGAGCUGGGAGGUCAGCGUCUCGCUCUCCAUGGGCUUCAAGACCAUGAACUUCCCGGCCGUCACCGUCUGCAAUUCCAGCCCCUUCCAGUACUCCAAGGUCAAGCACUUGCUGAAAGACCUGGAUGAGCUGAUGGAGGCUGUCUUGGACAAGAUUCUGGCUCCGGAGUUUGGACACACCAACACUACCAGUACCCUAAACUUUACCAUCUGGAAUCACACACCUCUGGUUCUUAUUGAUGAACGGAAUCCUGACCACCCAGUGAUCCUCGAGUUGUUUGGGGAUAGCCAAAACAGCAGCAGUCCAGCCCCAGGAAGCACCUGCAAUGCCCAGGGGUGCAAGGUGGCCAUGAAGCUGUGCAGUGCCAAUGGGACUGUGUGUACCUUCCGGAACUUCACCAGUGCCACCCAGGCUGUGACUGAGUGGUAUAUCCUUCAGGCCACCAACAUCUUCUCACAAGUGCUUCCAGAGGACCUGGUGGGGAUGGGCUAUGCCCCUGACCGCAUAAUCCUAGCCUGCCUGUUUGGGACAGAACCCUGCAGCCAUCGAAGAGGCUACCAGGGGGUCUCCAUGAGUCAUCUCUCUCCACAGGACAAGCUGCAGCGCAAAGGGGAGCCCUACAGCCCUUGCACGAUGAAUGGCUCCGAUGUUGCCAUUCAGAACCUCUACAGUGACUACAACACCACGUACUCAAUCCAGGCCUGUCUUCAUUCCUGUUUCCAAGACCACAUGAUCCAUAACUGCAGCUGCGGCCACUAUUUGUACCCACUGCCUGCUGGGGAGAAAUACUGCAACAACAGGGACUUCCCGGACUGGGCCUACUGCUACCUAAACCUACAGAUGAGUGUGGCCCAGAGGGAGACCUGCCUCAGCAUGUGCAAGGAGUCCUGCAAUGACACCCAGUAUAAGAUGACCAUCUCCAUGGCUGACUGGCCUUCUGAGGCCUCUGAGGAUUGGAUCUUCCAUGUCCUGUCUCAGGAACGGGACCAGAGCGCAAAUAUCACCCUGAGCAGGAAGGGUGUUGUCAAGCUCAACAUCUACUUCCAAGAGUUCAACUACCGCACCAUUGAGGAGUCGCCAGCCAACAAUAUCGUGUGGCUGCUCUCUAAUCUGGGGGGCCAGUUUGGCUUCUGGAUGGGGGGCUCAGUGCUGUGCCUCAUUGAGUUUGGGGAGAUCAUUAUUGACUUCAUUUGGAUUACCAUCAUCAAGCUGGUGGUCUCCUGCAAAGGCCUUCGAAGGAAGCGGCCACAGGCACCAUACACUGGCCCACCACCCACCGUGGCUGAGUUGGUGGAGGCCCACACCAACUUUGGCUUCCAGCCUGACACAACCAACCACAGUCCCCAUGCCGAGGUCUACCCUGACCAGCAGACUCUACCCAUCCCGGGCACCCCACCCCCCAACUAUGACUCACUAAGGCUGCAGCCACUGGACACCUUGGAGUCUGACAGUGAAGUCGAGGCCAUCUAGACCCCACCCCACCUAGCAGCUGGUGAACUCGAAACUUCGAAGUUACAAGCGUUUCCAGUGCCUCAUUUUACUAGGCUUCAUCCAAAGAGCCAGGAACCCCCACACCAGAGCCCAUGACCCUUUAGAGAAGCCAGAAAUAACUAACUGGUCAGCCCCAGGCUGAGGGGCCCAUAGAGUCAAGAUGCUGGUAUCAGUAUACUGAAGUUGUAACAUUGCCUGGCUGCUGGUACACACUUCCCACACUCUUUGCUCUGUGUUGUCUUUUGGCCUAGCAGUCAGGCUCCAGAGACCCCUGGGGUCCCUCUCCUGGUGGUAGGUCACUUCCCUUUAUGUGUGUCACCAUCUCAGUCCUCCAGAAUCAGUGACUUUGCCCUAGUCAGCCUUGGUCGACCUGUUAACAGCCUGGGGGGGCGGGUGCAGGUCAUGGGGA